AAAACUAAAGUUUUCAUGCACACACACACAAAGUUGGAAGGCUAAUAGAAGGAGCCGCUUUUCUGCUCGGAAAGAUGAUAGCUAGCCAACAGUUGGCUGCAAAGACAUAAUGGACUCCUCGUCCUCCACUAAGGAAGUGGGUGGAUAAGCAGUUCCCCUGCUGGGACAACACAAAGCCUUCUCUUUUUACUAUCUUAACAGUCCGAUCUGCGAUUUCGCCCUGCCAAUGUUCGGCAUCUGUCACAGCGCUGUCCUAAAUGUCACAUGGCCCAUAUGAGAGUCUCAUAAGGAAGUUCCUGUGCUGCAGGGAUGCACGCCCACCCCUCCUGUCACAAGACUGGAAAGAUUUACUGCUGCAGGGCUUUUUUUUUUUUUUUUUUUUACAAAAAGAGCACGCAUGUGACAUGCUCACCCACAUGCAAAACCACUGACCUGUUCCUGCAUUAUGAGGAUGGUUGUGUCAUUCAUUUGUGGCCUAACAGGAAGUCUCCUUUAAUAUUAUACUUGUGGACGGCACUUAAAGUGUAAAAGCUGGACAGGAACAGGUGUAGAGGAGGGGGGGGUUUCUGUGGAUCAACAGUUGUCUUCCAAGAAUUUGCUUUUCCUCAUCUGCGUGCCAAGCUUUUAGAAAAAAAAGAAAAAAAAAACUCCCCGCCCAAUUCAUCUAUGCUGAACUUGUUAGAUCACAUGCUUCCUCAUACUUCCUGAGACUCUGGUUCAUCUGCGCUGAAAUGGCUCUUCUUAGUACUCCGUUUGAGCUCCGAAGGAGAAAAAGACGCCACAUGGAAGAGGGGUGAACCUCCAAAGCUGCACACGGGGGACUCUGAACACCGCAAUGCCAUGGAAAUGAUGUGGUACACACUGACAUGCGCUCCUCCUAAGCUGGCUGGCGAAUCCCCCAGAGGCGAGGCAGCAGGAUGCCGGUGCAGGCGGCCCAGUGGACAGAGUUCCUGUCCUGUCCCAUCUGCUACAACGAGUUUGACAGCAGCAGCCACCAGCCCAUCAGUCUGGGCUGCUCCCACACAGUGUGUAAGACCUGCCUGCACAAGCUGCACCGCAAGGCCUGCCCCUUUGAUCAGACCCCCAUCAGCACCGACAUUGACCUGCUGCCUGUCAACUGCGCCCUGCUCCAGCUGGUUGGAGCUCAGGUCCCUGAUGUUCAACCGGUGAGCCUGAGCACUGCUGCCGAGGCUGAGCACUAUGAGGUCUGCAGAGUGUGUGUGGAAGAACUGGCUCUCUACCUGAAGCCCAUCAGCACCACUAAAGGUGUGGCCAACCUGAGUCCGAGCGUGCUCAGUCGGCCCAUGCAAAGGAAGCUGGUGACCUUGGUGAACUGUCAGCUGGUGGAGGAGGAGGGCCGCGUGCGGGCGGUGCGAGCAUGCCGCUCUCUGGGGGAGCGGACCGUAACCGAGCUCAUUCUGCAGCACCAGAACCCCCAGCAGCUGUCUGCCAACCUGUGGGCGGCGGUGAGGGCGCGCGGCUGCCAGUUUCUGGGACCUGCCAUGCAGGAGGAUGCCCUGAAGCUGGUUCUGCUGGCUCUGGAAGAUGGCUCCGCUCUGUCCAGGAAGGUGUUGGUUUUGUUUGUCGUCCAGAAACUGGAGGCCCGGUUCCCCCAGGCUUCUAAAACCAGCAUAGGUCAUGUGGUGCAGCUGCUCUACAGGGCUUCCUGCUUCAAGGUGACAAAGCGUGACGAGGACUCCUCGUUGAUGCAGCUGAAGGAGGAGUUUCGUAGCUACGAAGCCUUGAGGAGAGAACAUGACGCUCAGAUCGUCCACAUCGCCAUGGAAGCGGGCUUACGCAUCUCCCCAGAGCAGUGGUCCUCUCUGUUGUAUGGAGACCUGGUUCACAAGUCACACAUGCAGUCCAUCAUUGACAAGCUGCAGUCGCCAGAGUCUUUUGCAAAGAGCGUUCAGGAGCUGACAAUCGUUCUGCAGAGGACAGCUGACCCUGCAAACCUUACAAGCCUUAGACCACAUCUAGAGCUACUGGCCAACAUAGACCACAACCCAGAUGCCCCCUCGCCAUCGUGGGAGGAGCUGGAAAGUGUAAUGCUGGCUGUAAAACUGGUCGUUCACGGACUCGUGGAGUUCAUACAGAACUUCAGCAAGAAGAGCCACGACCCUCCACAGCCUCAGGCCAACAGCAAGUACAAGACCAGCAUGUGCCGAGAUCUCCGUCAGCAGGGAGGCUGUCCUCGAGGCACCAACUGUACAUUCGCUCACACACAAGACGAGCUGGAGAAAUUCCGACUGAGGAACAAGAAGAGCAGCUGUGUGGGUCGUGCAUUCCCACUCGCCCCAGGUGUGAUGAAUAAAACAUUCACGAUGGAGGCCAGCAUCCACGCUGACGUGUCUGCAGGGGUUGGGCCGGACCUAAAAGGCACGGCGGAGAAUGCAGAGACCAAGACGGAGGGAGUUCCUGGCCUGCCUCACCCGUCCCUGAUCUCCAGAAGCACCGACGGGAAGAGAUCCGUGCCAAACGGAAUCAGUGGCGGGGGUAACGGGGUGCCAGGAGCCAACAGAACUCCAACUGGAUCAACAGACCCGAAGCCCGUCUCUCCUCCCAGGACGCCGGCCAGCCUCUCAUCAUCAUCCUCCCCGUUGAGCACAGCAGGCCGUGUUGACAGUGGCGCCCCUCUACCCCGCCACAGCCAGUUUAUUCUGCCUUCACCACAUCCGUCUCAGGUGUCCGAGCUGUACUACCAAGAGCCCCAUCCUGCCUUUGACACGGGCCACUAUCAGCCAACCUCAGGUUCCUAUUAUCAGUCCUCUCUUCAUCCUCCUCACAAGCCCUGUAUGGCUCCCUUCCUCCGAUCGUCCAACGUGCCCGAAUCUUCCCUACCCCCAUCCAUGGGCCCUUCACACUCUCUUUACCCCAACGACCCCCAGGCGCCACACUCUCCCACUUCUACAGGAUACCCGUCACACUCGCCCAGAGACCGAAUAGGAGUGUUCCAUUCCCGCCCAGGACAGCCCCAAUAUGGACCUUUGGCUCACACUGGUGUCUACGCUCCCCUCUAUGACAGCAGGAGAGUCUGGAGACCUCAACUGUACCACAGAGAAGACCCCCGGAGUAACUCUCUGCCUCCAGAGGUGCUGCACUCUUCUGUGUACCAGCCUCCACUCAGGGAGAGAUUCAACUCUCUAGACAGCAACUACUGUUCUGGAUCUGAACAUCGCACAGGGCUGCACAGGGACUACGGUCGCGUUAAUCUGGGCUAUGAGGAACUGUUCAGACGGAAGCACGAACAGUGGGCGCACCACCACCACCACCAUCACCAUCACAGCGCCAACAGGCCCUCCCAGUCUUCCCCCAUCUUCACCAUCGAUUUUGGAAAAGAGCAUGUGGAAGGUGGUGGAGGUCAGUGUGUGGGGUGCAGAUUCAGAAGUGAAGAGAGUCUGGCUCACUACUCUCCCUGGUCCUGUGGCACUGUUGGACCCUGCCUGAGCCCCUUUGAGCCUGAAAGUCGAGCACACGCACCGGCUCAUUCCUGCUCGGAACGCUCAGAGUUGGACAAUCCCGAAGGAGGAGGUGGUGGCGUUAACGGGGUUGGGAAGAGAUGGCUGCCUUCCUUGGAUCACUGCCGCCGUUUGAAAGACGAGGAUCCCAUUAUUCCCUUCAGCGAGGGCCCGAUUAUUUCCAAGUGGGGGGCAAUUUCUAGAGCGUCCCGCACAGGAUACCACACCACUGACCCUGUUCAAGCCACCGCCUGCCAGGGCAGCGCCAGCAGCACCACACCUGUCAACUUUAAAGAUUACAACCCCCGCCUGGAUCACGGUGAAUACAAGUGGAGCUCCAGGGGAUCUGAUUCUUCCAGCCACUCCAGCUUCCUUGAGAGUGAACAUCUGUAUGCAUCCGACCUGCACGGCCGUCGGACGUCCAUCAGCAGUGGAGACAAAAACUUGAGCGAUCUGCAGGCCCAUCAGACGCCCUUCAGUCACACGCGGGACGAGAGCGAGCUGGACCCAGACCGAGACAUCGAGCUAGAACUACGCGCACUAAACAUGGAGGACUCGGACCACCAGGAGGCCAAAUCUCAGGACUCUUUAGAUCUGGCGAGCCCACAAUCUCAGGAUGCUUCCCACCUCCUCCCAUCUCCCUGCUUAUCCCCCCUCCUUUCAUCUCCUGCUGCGGAGCUCCCCCAAACAGAGGAUCCAGUGACAGAAAAGAUGAAUGCCCACAAGCUUAAAAAGAUGGCUUUUAGAAAGUCUCUGUCUCCUGGAGGACUGGUGUCAGGAGGGUUAGGGGUCGGGAAGUUGGUGCUGAGGACUGGACCUCCUCAGCUUGGCGAUGUGACCAGACCCUGUCCUGAAAAGCCUCCCGCAGAGAUGCUGCUCAAUAGAAGCUGAAAAGGUCUCUCGGUGUGGCCUAUCCAAAGCCAGAGCUGGGUCACCUCUGCAUACAACCAGACCCUGGUCCAGUUCCAGCCCUCAUAAAUAUCAGUCGUAUCCCUAAGUUACAUGAUCAAAAAUCUGUCUCAAUGUGAAGGAGGAUAUGCUUAGUAAUUUGUUUUAUGUUAAUGAAAACGAUUAAUCUUUUUCUAAUAUUAUUUGCCCCAAAAAAUGUUCAGGUUUAUAGUGAAUUAUUUCCUGUUCUUUAGGUGAUUUCACUCACAGGCCUUAUAUGUAUUUUUUGGUCACAAUAGGAUUUAUCUUCGCGCUCUAUUGUGUAUUAUUCAAUAAGGACAAAAAUGAUCUAUAUGUUUAUUUAAAUAAUUUGCCUAUUAUUAUAGAGGACAAAAUUGAUAUUUGAUGCCCAAGUUUCUUAUGAAAAUAUUUUUUUCCCCAUGAAAAAAAUAAUUUUCUUCUAAAAUAUCUUCACACAUCAUCAGUUAAUAUAGACAAUAUAUACAUAUACAUGUAUUUUAAACUAAACAAUUAUCAAAAUAUGAUCUAUUUUAGUUUACAUAAACACCAAUGGCUGCCAUGUGUUUUUUAGUAUUUAUUCUAAAUUAUUUAUUCUAAAUAAUAUUUGAGCUUUUCAAACAUUUUAGGAAACUUUUACAUAAUUUAUCCAGUUACCAUCCAUCCAUCUAUUUAAAUUUGCUUAUAUUAAUUGCACUGCAACCUAAAACUGUGGAAUCCUUAAAGACCUUUUUAUGAACAAACUUAAAAACUUGCUUUUCUCAUUUAAUGAGUUUUUGAUUGAUAAAUAUUUCAUUUUUUAGGAAAAGUUUGGCAUAAUUAUUUUUUUAUUUAAAUUUGCUUCAAAAGUUAUCUACUAUUUUUUUUCUUUUAUUUAGUUUUGAUCAAUUAAAUGUGGAAUUCAGAUUUAACUCCACUUUGAACAAGUGAUAACACCUAAAUGAUUGCCUUAGUGAAAGUCAGCCAACUGUGAAAUUGUCAUAGUAACACAGAAAAAAUCCAGUUUUUAAUAUAUGGUGCUUCCAUUUAUUUAUUUCUUUCAAAAAGAAGGCCCCGACACAACAAACCCACAACAUAAAAACCACUGCAAGACAUAGUUACGUUUUUAAAGUGGCGAUCAUCAGACCUUGUCCAACAUUCAACUUUUGGAUCUCACGACACAAAGACUCAGCCAUUAACCUCAUAUGUGAGCGGUCAUUCAUCUCUGGUGGUCACGUCUUUCUUUUAUUUUUCUUUACAAAUCUAACAGAUUAAAUAAAUAAAUAAAUUCUGGUGCAUAACUCUUGUAAAUCCCGAUCUGAGCUACUUAAUCUGUUACUGCACUUGUUCUGGUUUGGACACUUGUGCAGCAGAUGGCUCCAAAACCAAAAAGAAAGUUUCAAACUUUUGUUAAAAACAAUGUUCAGGCUUGUUUAACUGUAUUCUUAAAGGCAUAGAUUUGAUCCCUUAAACUCUGGAAAUUACCUUUUUUUUUAAAUAAUUAUAUUUACUUUCACAUGCAGUUCAUCACACUUCAGUAUAGAACGAUAAAGCUAACACCCUUUUAUUUUUCCACACUGACUCAAAGCUCUUGUGCUCAUCUCGUUUUUAGCAUCGCUGACUUCUGUGAAGUUGUACGUCGAGGCGAUUUUUGUCAGGAUCUUAUUUCAUGCCGCUUUUUACAUAAAAAAAAAAUAUUCAGAGUUUUUGUACGACUACAGUUUUUGUCUGCUGACCAUCAGAUGUGCAGUCAUCUGUACUGUGUGAUACACCAGAGCGUGCCUCGCGUUACUUUUUUCGUUUUUUCAGGUUUCUCUAACUGCAGUGAUGGUUUCCAUACCGCCCGCUGUGCCAAACAACUUCCUCCUUAAGAUGAAAACAUAAACACAUAAAUCUGAAUCUGAGGAACUAAAGAGGAAGAACGAUGAGUUUUUGUUUGUUUCAGCUGCCAUUCACAAGUGGCUCAGUUCUCUUUUUUUGCAUUAUUAUUUAUUGCUCUUAGAAAUACCUUGCAGGGUCGACUGAAGACUCUGUCAGAUCAGAUCUAGUGCAGAGGAUGAACUGCACCCAGUGGUAAAAGCUAACUUCUUUCUCCUGACAUCCUGCUUCUGUUUACAGCUUCACUGUUGAAGUCAUGUAUAGUUAAGUGCCAUGUUGAACAAUGCAAUCAGCCCCCUGCGAUUCUCUCAUAACUUGUCAUUUUCCUCGUCUGUAAGCUGGAAGGAAAGAUGAGCGCUUCUCCUGCA